AUGGGUAAAGUACUUGACUUGGCGCUGCAUCCGCUUGAAUUGAGAGCUGCUUUGAAGCUUAAGUUUAUCAGACAGCCAUUGUUCAGCACCAAUGACACCAGAGCUACUCCACAGCUGGAGAGAUGUUACGAGCUGUUGAAUCUGACCUCCAGAUCCUUUGCUGCGGUUAUUAUGGAGUUGCACCCUGAGUUGCGUAAUGUGAUCAUGGUCUUCUAUCUGAUUCUGAGGGCUUUGGACACUGUCGAGGACGAUAUGACCAUUGAUCCUCAAUUGAAGGUCAAAGUGUUGCGUGAAUUCGACUCCAAGUUGGACACCACCGAUUGGUCCUUUGAUGGCAAUGAUCUAAAGGAGAAAGACCGUGUUGUAUUGACCGAGUUCCCAUGCAUCCUUGGUGAAUAUCACAAGUUGAAACCAGAGUAUCAGAAGGUUAUCAAGAGAAUUACCGGUCUUAUGGGUAACGGUAUGGCCGACUACAUCUUGGAUGAGAACUUUAACUUGAACGGUGUGCAAACUGUUAAGGACUACGACAAAUACUGCCACUAUGUUGCUGGCCUAGUCGGUGAUGGUUUGACUGAAUUGAUUGUCCUUGCAGGUUUUGGUUCUGACGAUUUAUACCAUGGUAAAAACAGCUUCCAAUUGUACGAGAGCAUGGGAUUAUUUUUGCAGAAGACCAACAUUAUCAGAGACUACGCCGAGGAUUUGGAUGACGGUCGUUCUUUCUGGCCUAAAGAAAUCUGGUCUGAAUAUGCUACGAAGCUAACCGACUUCAGAGACCCAAAGAACACCCAAAAGGGUGUCGAUUGUAUUAACCACUUGGUAUUGAACGCCUUGACCCAUGUCAUCGAUGUCUUGACUUACCUAAGUUCAAUCCACGAGCAAUCCUCAUUCCAAUUCUGUGCCAUUCCUCAAGUUAUGGCCAUCGCCACUUUGGCCAAAGUCUUCAACAACCCUGAAGUGCUAAGAAAGAAUGUUAAGAUCAGAAAGGGAACCACCUGCGACUUAAUUUUGAACUCUAGAACUUUGAAAGGCUGUGUUGACAUCUUCCAAUACUACUUACGUGACAUGAAGCAACGUUUGCCUGUUGAAGAUCCAAACUACUUGAAGUUUAACAUUCAAGUUGCUAAGAUUGAACAAUUCAUUGAAGAAAUGUUCCAGGACAACUUACCAGCCGGUGUUGAACCAAGAGAAACCAUGAUCUACUUGAAGGUCCAAGAAAGAUUAAAAUGGGACACCCAAGUUAUUCCAAGAGUGCAAGAAGAAGAUUACAAAUUCAACAUGGCUUUGAGUGUUGUCUUCUGUGUAUUGUUAAGUUUCUAUUUCUUCACUAAGUGA